AUGGAGAGAAUUUGGAUCAUUCUGCUACUCUCCUCUAUUUGGGCAGAGUCCUUUACCGGACUCUGCCUUAAACUGGACAAUGGAAACCUAUGUCUGCAAAGCAACCAGUGUCAAAGCAGAUGUUGUCUAAGAAGGACUGGGUCUAGUUUGGCACGUUGUGCCAACAAAGCAGCUGAGAAUCAGGAAUGUUUCCAGAAGCUUUUUUUUGGAACAUACUACAGGUGUCCCUGUGAGAUUGGCUUAAUUUGUGAUCCAGAUUGGACAAUUUUUGGGGGAAUUCUUAACUCUGUCGUUGGCAUCUGCAAUGACCCAGCCAAAAGAAAGUGA